AUGAAGUGGGCUAUUUUAUUCUCCCAUCCUGCUGACUACACCCCUGUUUGCACCACAGAGUUGGGACAAGCUGCAAAGAUUGCACCUGAGUUUACAAAGAGGGGUGUGAAAAUGAUAGCUCUUUCCUGUGAUGCAGUGGAUGAUCAUAAUGGUUGGGUUAAAGAUAUCAAGGCAUACAAUUCUUUGAAUGGAGACUUCCCAUUUCCCAUUAUUGCUGAUGAGGACCGUCGUAUUGCCAGCGAGUAUGGGAUGUUUGAUCCAGAGGAAAAGGACAAGGAUGGCAUUCCUCUCACCUGCCGCUCUGUCUUCAUCAUUGGUCCAGACAAGAAACUCAAGUUGAGUAUGCUCUAUCCUGCUACAACUGGGCGCAAUUUUGAUGAAAUUCUUCGAGUGGUGGAUUCACUGCAACUUACUGCUAGUAAGAGAGUGGCCACACCAGCAAACUGGAAGCCUGGUGGAGAUUGCAUGGUGGUUCCAUCACUGUCUGAGGAAGAUGCAAACAAGCUCUUCCCAUCUGGAUUCAAAGUUCAUGAGGUUCCCUCUGGGAAGUGUUAUCUGCGCACUACUGCUCAACCCCAAUGAUUUUGAGUGGUGCAUCAAUUCUGGCAUGCUUUUGCAACACGUUCAAUACUUACGUACCAGUGGCACUGAAGUUAAUAUGGAAAAGUAUUCAAAUGUUAUUUUCAUCCAGUGUAAAAAGGGAUAAUUUUGAAAUGGGUGUAUUCUGUCAAAAGGGGGAAAAAAUGGUGCAGUACUUCAGUGAGAAGUGUCAUUCCUCUUUGCAGUCUGAGUGCAGCUCAGCUGCUCAGAUGAUUCCUUCUCCAGUGAUUCUGAUAUUCAUUCAAACCCUGUGUUGGGGGAUGAGUUGGGCAUUGGGAGAUCCUUUCAUCUGCUUUAUCUUAGCUUGAGGUUAUCUUUGGAGCUUUACAGCUUGAAAUGUGCACAUUUUCCUGCUGCAAUUGUCGCUUUUGCAAUAAAUGUUUUUUUUAGCACAA